CGUCCCCCCGAACACCGCGGAGACAACCAAGUCUACUCCCCGUCCACCCGCCAAUCCCCCUUCCUCCUCCGCCGCCUCCACCUCCGGCGCCGGCCACCGCCGCCAUGAUGAAGGACAAGAUGAAGGAUCUCAUGAAGAAGGUCACCUCCUCCUCCGCCCCGUCCUUCAAGGGCCCCUCCCACGUCCUCGGCUCCGGCCCCUCCCCAUCCGCCCCCACCUCCUCCUCCUCCCGCCCCUCCAACCCUAACCCUAACCCCAAGCAGCAGCAGCCCCCGCGCCCACCCGGGCCCUCCGAUUCCACCCCGCUCGCCCCCUCCUCCGCCCGCCGCCCAGAUGCAAACAGCAACGGCGCCACCGUCGCGUGCCCGAACUGCGGCGACGCCUUCGCCUCCGAGCACGCCGUGUCCGAGCACCUCGACGGCUGCCUCGCGGCGGCGGGGGGCGCGCGCGCGCGCGCCGCCGCGUACCUCGCGGCCGACCCGCCCCCGCCCGCGGCCGCCGUCGAGGUCGCCAAGAGGCUGCUCGCGAACCUGCUCAGGGAGCCCGGGAACGACAAGUUCAGGCGGGUCCGGCUCGCCAACCCCAGGAUCAAGGACGCCGUGGCCGACCGGGACGGCGGGCUCGACCUCCUCGAGGCCGCGGGGUUCGCGGUCGGGGACCAGGGCGGGGAGCUCUUCGCGGUCAUGGACGAGCCGCCCAGCGACGCCAGGCUUGCCGGGAUCAGGCGGGCCGUGCUCCUGCUUGAGAGGUCCCAUCCUUCCGCGCCCGUGCAGACUCCCGUGGAGGCAGCGCCCAAGGAGAGCGGCCGCAGUGGAGCCGACGAGCAGAAGGAGGUUAACAGGAUUGUCGAUCGGCAGAUUCGGGUAUUCUUCAAUGUCCCUGGAAGUUCUGUUGCAGAAACUGAUGCACCAGAUUCUUUCUACAAACUUAGCAGUGAGGAGGUAUCAAAAGAAGCAAGGAUGAGGAGGGAAAGGCUAGAACAAUCUCGGUUGCUAAUUCCAAAGUCUUAUAAGGAGAAACAGGCACUGGCUGCUCGACAGAAGUACAAACAAGCAGUCAUCCGAAUUCAGUUUCCUGAUGGAGUAAUUCUCCAGGGUGUAUUCCUUCCAGCUGAGGCAACCGGUUCACUAUAUGAGUUCGUCGCGUCAGCCUUGAAGCAGCCAAGUUUGGAAUUCGAUCUUAUCUGCCCAGGUUUUCCUAGGUCACGUGUCCUACCUCAUUCUCCAAACGUAGGAGAGCGUGCACGCACCCUGCAAGACGAAGACCUAGUACCUUCUGCACUCCUCAAAUUCAAGCCCAAUGAGACCGAUUCUGUUGUGUUCACCGGUUUGCUUGACAAUCUUCUGGAAGCUAGUGAACCGUUUACAGCUGCAUCAUCUUGAUUGUUGGACUGCUGACCUCCAUUCCUCACUCAAUCGUCUUAACAUUGGACGUGACAUUGUUGGAACUCAAUAGGGAUAUGUGAUUCUGGUACAUGGUAUGUUGAUAGGCUGGUACGCAGGAGUAUAUUGUUUGGCAAUUGUCAUACGGUUAUAUGGUAAAAAUCAAAUAUACAUUAGUCCUACCGUCAAAUAGAUCUGCAUGACGAGUGAGCUAUGCCAAUGUGUACACUACAACAACUUUUCUUGGUUUUUCGUUUGAUCUAAGAGCAAUUGUUAAUUCAA